UGUAUAAGUACUUUUUCACAGAUAGAAGAAAGUGCAUUACUACAACCGCCUCUGAAGAAGCAAGAUGACUGAAUGAAACCUCAACAUGGAUAGUGAUGGAACUACUAUAGACAACUUCUAGGUACUAGUGUACUAUUUAAACGAAGAGGACAACCUGCACCAAGCGACCACCAAUCGAGAGCAAGAUGCCGCUAGCAGACGAAGACGACGUCUUCUUCUUUUUCGGAAAGGCAUGUUGUUGCUGUUCUUUCUUUUGGGCUGCGAUUAUACUUUUCGCAUGUUCAUUUGCAGUACUGGAGCCUUUAGAGCUGGGAAUAGAGUACAACCUCAACAGUCGACAGAUCACGACGGAUCGGGUGUGGCAAGGCGGACGACGCUUCUUGGGACUCGGGCAUGAAUUCAUUAAAUUUAAGGUAAGUCGUGGUGGAUCAUUAGAAGUUUUUUUAUGUCUAGUAAGUAGAUUUUUUUGCGAAUUCUGACCGGAAAGUUACAUCAGCUUCUUUCUCUCCUGACCCCAGAAGAUGAAAAAUCACCACAAUCUACGUUGAUAGAUCCUUACUAUCUCUUUUUCAUCCUCUUCCCUGCCAAUCGUAUGGUUUUCGCCUUCUUGAAUGGUGCACGACCUUCGGGAACAGUAGCAGCCGACGGCUGUGACCUAGAUGAUGAGUGCGAACUGGACGGCGCAGAUUGCGAACCGUGUAUUAUGGCUUGUUUGGAGUACAAGAAGAUCAUGUAGAUUUUAAAAAACAAGAUGAAUCAUUCGACAUCUUCGAGGACAAUGCUGGUCGAGUGUUUAAUAACUUUUUUUUUCACUCCCUUCCUUGAUCAUUUUGACCUUGAUGAGACUGUACUCACGACGAAAUAGAUUAGACUAUCACGACAGGCCAACUACUACAUGAGAUGAAAUAUGGAUCAUUUCAAUCUCUAACUAUGUGGCUGGCGUCAUGGCAAACGACGAGAAAGACUUAGUGGCGUCAAACUUCGUCCACAAUUCGGCGGCUUUGAGUUGCCGAACCAAAGAGGGCUUACUCGUGAAUUUGGAGGUGGGCGUCGCUUUGCAAUUGGGGAUAAGGGUUAUGGCGUGGAACAGAACAUUCUUCGUUGUAGCUGUUCUUUUUUUGAAAGUAGUCUGCUUCUCCUAUUCUUGAAAGUAGACUAAGUACUACCUGUACCUCUCUGCUCCCUCUUCUAAGGCGGAAAACAGUCCUCAAAUAGGAACUGACAGCGAACCUCCGCAGCCUAACGCGAAACUGACUGAUUCUUUGCUCGGUCUUUUUGCUGUGAAUGGGGCUGAGAGCUGGCAUGGUCUGGUCUCGAACAGCAUCUCAGCGGCGGUUAGGUCAGAGGUCAGUCAGCAUGGAGCAUUGGAAUUCUAUGUGAAACGAGAAUUGAUAGGUGCAGCGAUGCAAACGCGGGUGAUCGAUGCGUUGAAACCUUUGAAUGGUAUUUCAUCUUACUCAACAAGCACAAAGAUCAGGGCUUUAUCAUGGGUUAGAAGCACUUUGCAAACAUACAUGAUUUUGAUGGUUCCCUCCGUGCUGGUACAACUACUUAUCUCGAUGCUGGUAUUUCAUCGGUAUUUCAUCUUACUAGAAGUAUUUUCAUUUUGCUGGUUCCACCUCUUCCUUCUGUGGUCGUACAACUAUCUCGAUGCUGGACAUAGCUCAUAGAAGAUGUUGAGGUCGUAUGUGUAGAAGAACUGCAUUUCUAGAAUUUUUGGAGAAGUACUUUUCUUUGAUGAAAUCUUUGAUGAAGGACUUCGAAGAAAGUACUAGGUUGAAGAUUGAUUACCACCAAAAACAACAUCAGUGACGGCGUAUUCGCUUGUGAUAAUAUCAGUGGACUUGCCCUUGCAGCUGAGGAGUGCUAUCCAGGACACGGAAUUGGCGAGGCAGAGGCUCGAAGCCGCCUAUUUUGUUAUGAAGACGGACAUCUUGUGCAUCUUGACCCUUUGAUGUUUGUAUGUGGCCACUUUUCGAUUCCUGAAAUGCAAUACUAUCGGGCCUCGUCAUGUCGCGCGCAGACAACUAGAGAAGCCGAGAGAAGAAAAAGAGGCAGAAUCUCUCAUGUUCCAUCUUCUGCGAUGUUGACCCUCAUCGUGGUCUUCAUGAUGAGCAACGGAAACGACUUCUACUACAUGACGUUCACGUCAACAUGCAUCAACAAUCAAAUCCAUUGAAUCAAUCCCCAUCAACAUCCUUGUUCAUAUCUCCCAAAGAAACGAGUGAGAUCCAAGCAAUGACCCAAGUAGAGGUUGCGAAGGUCGAGAAAAGCCGUCUAUUGCACGAAGCCUUGCGGAAUGCUGAGCGGACCUUACUGCGUAAAGUGGCGAGUGCGAUCACUAUUCAGUUAUGAAGUCUCGCUCUUAAAAUUUCUAGGUCUUCUUGAUCUUGUGAAGAAUUUAGUACUAUGCGACUUCGAUCACCUUUAGCUGUAGCAAGAGUCUUUGGCUUUAUGCGUAGUCAGGUAUAAAGCAGUCAUUCUCAGUCACAGAGUCAAACGUACACUGUAUAGCUGCCUCGGAUCAUAAGUAGCCUCGUCUAAAACCAUACGACACUGAAAAAACGGGCGACGCCUUUCUGACUGCCAAAUCAACGCUGGGUUACAACACGAGCGCCGAUGUGCUGCUUUUCAAGUGGCUCUACACUUAUGACGAUGUUGAUCUGAUGAUUCUUGUCCAGCUUUCCAUUUCGUACAUGAUGAUUGAAGAAGAUAAGCACGACGUAAUAUCGCAAUCAAUCAGAAGCAGAAUCCAAAUUCUUAAUAGGCAGACAACUCUUGUCGUACUCGUAGUCUCGUGAACCUUUGUUCCCCCGCCUGUACCUGCUCUAACCUCUGCUCCAGCAAGCCAAAACUUCCGAGACCGUGUUCGAGAUGCCACAGCCUGAAGAGCUGGGUAUCACCUUCUUGCCGACCACAGAGGCUUUUCAUAGUGGAUCGACGCCGGCUCCAGUGUCUACUUCUAGUUUGACGAUCAAAGCGGGCCUCAACAGCACCUUCACAGCACUGACAGCAGGACUAUCGCCAACUCUGACGAUCAGCAGUGCAAUACUGGCCUCCUCGAACGCUACCACUGUGGCACCUACGAAUAGUAGCAACAGUAGUCGGCUGGUAAGAAGGACGGAGGAACAAGAAAUCCUGGAGGCUGGAAGUGGUCGUGGAGGUCAGGAAGAGGAUGUUCUUGGGGGGAUGCAGCAUUUUCGGAAUGUCUUUGAUUAUGGCAAGAUGGAACCUUAUAAUUUGUUCAUGUGAACCUUAUAAUGUCUAUUUGUUCAUCAUGUUGAUCGUGAUCCAUCUUGUUCCACUAGAAGGCAUUCAUCACAUUCAAUUCUGAUUCAUUCUCCAACAAGUGACUCCUCUACAACUAGUACAGUGUAGUAAGUUGUACCUAGAGGACCAGCACUUACUUGUUCGUCCUCUAACCCAGCCAAGAAAAGGUCACCAACUCGUUCCAGACCAUUGGAGGCACGGUGCCAAGAACAGGCGGCGACGCUGAGGCUGCCCGCUUGCUUGCAGCUGCAACGGAAGAAGCACAGAGAGUAGUUACAUCUUCUUCUGCUACCUCUAUGAGUACUACCAGUUCUCUUUCAUCCUCUAGUGUCGUCCAAGCCCAAGGCCAAGGUCCUAGUUCCACUUCCACAGCUCCUGACGAGGAUUUCUCAGUCCCACGACGAUUAGACCUCGACAACCUCGACUUGCGAGAGAUCUUCAAGAACGCCCUUGCCUCUACUGGCAACUUCGUGGAUCCGGAGCAACAUCCAGACUACAUGAAUGAUGCAGCAUUUUUAAGGCUAGAAGAAAUCCAUAUUCAUACUAGGCAUCUUGGUCCCGUUUGUUUCUCAAGGAAAAAAAGACGGAAGAUGCCGCUGAACAAGAUGGAUUUCUUCUAGCUCUAACAUUUUCUUCUUCUGUCAUAGGACAAGAACAAAUGUCGCCAACGACGCUGUCUUCUAGUAUCGGACGCCCCGGCAGAGGCCCAGCUAACAACCGGGACCGUGACCACAAGAUCAGCACAACAGAAGAACAGUUUUAUGACGUCAAUGGAGAACUGAGAACCGCACCAACGUUCCCGAAGAAAGAUGAGGAGUCAGCGGCAACGCGCUUGCUCAGGGACAAAUUCGAGAGCAUCGAUCACGAAAACCCGACAGUGCCUGUGUUGAACCCAGAUAUCUUGGCGAACUUGGGAGACGUGGAUAUGGAUUUGUGAGUGACAAAAGUGGGGAGAUAUUUCUAGAUCAUGGUGUCAGGAUCUCUUGACUACAGUAAGUAGGUAGUAGGUAGGAAUACGGUUCGUCGAGGACAUUUUUUUCACCGGGAAAAAAAAUUCAAUGUGGUACUUAUCUAAUCUACGUACUAUUUUCUUCGUAGACAAUUGAUUUCAAAUGUUGUCAUAGUCACGCCCUCCUACGUACAAUGAAUACUUCGUGCACGCCGAGUUGUUGAUUUCCUUGAUUCCUUUGAAAACCACCAACAAUAACAACGACUAUGAUGUUGAAGGAAAACUCAUCGAACAAAACCAGCAGUUUGCUCGUUCUAGCAACAAUAUAAACAGAAUCUUAGUGGAAAGUUGAUUGAUCGUCGGCAAGGC